GCCUCUCUUCCUGCCGCCGCCUCUGCUCCCUGGGGACCGAGGGCGAUGGACGCUGGCUGCCUGUGGGGCCGCAGCCUGCUGCUCUUCCUCGGUUACCUAUUGCAAGCAGUCCUGGGCACAACAGUGAUCCCGUUAUGUGGGCCUGGUGAAAUGGAGAACUGCACAACAGCGCUCAUCCAGACAGAGAACAGCCCACGUGUGGCUCAAGUUGGGAUAACGAGAUGCAAGCCUGAAAUGAAGGACUACUGCUUCCAUGGGCAGUGUGUGUACAUCGUGGACUUGGAUGAGCACUAUUGCAGGUGUGACGUGGGCUUCUCCGGAGUGCGGUGCGUGCACUCGGAGCUCGUCCGGCAGCCCCUCAGCAAGGAGUACGUGGCACUGACCGUCAUCGUGGUCCUGCUCUUCCUCGCUGCCCUCUCUCUCGCCAGCUACUACAUCUGCAGAAGGUACCGCAACAAGAGGAGACAAACAAACACCAGUGAAUACAAGGAAGUUGGUGCACUAUAGGAGAAGCUGUGACUUCCUGCAGUGUUCUGUUCAUCUGGAUGGACUCAGUGGCUACCUGUCUAUUUAAAUGUUAUUUUUAUUAAUAAUAUUUACAAUAUUUAUAACCUUUAAAAAAUUUCAAUUGUUUGAUGAUUCAAUAAGCAUAGGUCAAGCAUUUUA